AUGAGCCCAAACGGUGAUACUGAUGCCGCUGGUGCAACUGGCGCGCAACCUAGGGCACUGACUGGUCGCGAAAGGGCCAGCAGCCUACAAGGCGAAAAUUUAGAAGUCAAGGCAGAGGCGGUGCCAGGGAACACGGAGCAAAGGAUGUUGGACCUACUGACGGGACUAGCGGAGCGGAUGGCUAAGCUAGAGGCGUCACAAGGGACCAAGGACCAGCCGAUGGACAAGGAGUCCAGUGUGUUCGGGUCAGCAAUAGGUCUGGGGCAACCGAUGAAUCGGCGUGCUCUCGACGUGACACCGCCGAGGGCUCCUUCUCCACAUAUGUCGCCGGGGACGUACUUCGGGAUGAACCAACCGGGGUAUGCAAGGGCGGCUGAGAACGUCGAGAGGGCACAGGCGCCGCAGCCGGGGGUGUACCAGCAGGCGCAGAUACCGCAGCACGUCCCGUCGUAUGCGAGAGUGCCGGACGCUAGACAGCGCAAGCUGAACAUCCGUCAUUUCGAUGGAAAAGAGCUUUACCAGGGGCUAGGGGGCGGUUUUCUAUCCUGGGGGAAGAAGUUUGUACGGGAAGUCUCUUUUGCUGAGCGUGCGAGCGGAUUUCCGUGGAGUGAGGAUGUCAAGAUAGACGUCCUUGGACACAAUCUCACGGGAAUGGCUGAGCGGUACUAUAAUCGCCAAGUUGAAGGGUGGUGGCAAGAAGAGCCAACAUUGGAACACGCCAUGCAAAGGCUGCUUCAUACAUUCGCAACUAAGAUAACGCCAGCGCAAAGUAUGAAGCUAUUUACUGCUGCCAAGAGCCCCAAGCACAGCUGGACAGAACACUAUUUGUAUUUGGUCGCAGUAAGCGAGGCAUGCGGUGGAGCAGACAACUUGGUCCAAGACAACAUAGUCCACUACGCUGAUCCGGCAAUGAGAGUUUCAAUGCUGGCGCGUUUGAAUCUAACAAGAAUUGAUUACUUGCGCCAAGCGGAGGAGCUGGCUCACUUCGCGCAGUCGACGGAGAUCGAGCUGCGCGGAAAGCACAUUGGAAAGGACGUCGUCAACAACGUUCGACAUAUGCGCGAAAAGACACGAAACGGGCGUAAGGACAAUCGCAAGUGCUACAGCUGUGGGAAAUCUGGACACAUAAAAGCUGCGUGCCCGGGGAACAAGGUCUCAAGAGAAGCAAGCGUCGACGUGGACUUCGUGCUCGCAGUGGGCAACCCGAGCGCUAACCACGGCUAUUGGAUACUGGACAGUGGCUCGAGUCGUCACCUGGUAAACGAUGUGAGCAUGCUCGAGAACCCAGAGGACUGCCAAAGCGAGUGUAUCGCAGCUGACGGAGGGCCCUUGCGCAUAACGAAGCGAGGAAGCGUCACAAUCACGACCACUGUAAUGGGCAAGGUCACUAAAGUGCGACUCCUGGACGUGCAAUAUGCCGAGAACCUCGAAAGGAACAUUAUAUCCUACGGUAUAUUGGAGGCUAAAGGGUUUGGGAUAGCCUACAUGGGUGAUCGCAGGGUCGUCGGCAACAUUGACAGUGGGGUGGUUGUCUUUGACGUGGAGAAGAAGAACAACGUGCUAAUAGUGCGGGACCACGAUCGCGGAAGUGUUCAGCUACCAUCGGACAUACUAAUGACGGCUUUAGCGCAAGGAGAAUUCGAAGUGAGUCAAGACGUGCAACGGGGCACGCUUAUGCACUUUCACAGAAGGUUGGCUCACCUGAAUUAUGACACGAUCCUUCGCAUGGCAAAGGAUCCAGCCUCAGGGAUACAGCUGACCGAUGAAACGCGUGGGAACUGUCUAGCUUGCGCUCAAGGUAAACAGACCAAGAACCAGCAGUCGAGAAAAGACACUGGCACGAAUGCGCCGAUUGAUGUUAUCGGAGGAGUCAUCUGCUCUGACCUGAAGGGUCCCAUGACUCCUCGCGACAGAUUGGGAAAUCGUUACAUGGUUAAUUUUGUGGAUCAUCGCACGAACUACUGCAGAGUUUUCCUGGCGAAGAGCAAAGACGUGGCGGCCCAAAAGUUUAAACACUUCAUGGCAUUUUUCGAGAGGCAAUUUAAUUGUCGCAUUCACGUGCUGCGAACGGACGGCGGAGGAGAAUAUCGUACUCUGGACCUCUUUUGCAAGGACACAGGAAUUGCGAGGCAAAUUAGUGAGCCAAGCAACCAAGCCAGCAAUGGGAAGGCCGAGAGGAUGCAUCGCACCAUUAUGAAUAUGGUGCGUAGCAUGGUGUUUGCGUGCGGACUGCCGCUGAGCUUCUGGGGGACGCGGCGGAGUAUGCGGCCUACAUACUGA